CUGGGGGUCCCCUUAGGACUGUCUGUGUUACUGUAAUGUGGCAUUUCUUGAUGUUUAUUUGAACAGUGCAAGGUCUGAAUUAAAGAACAAUGUAUCUAACUUUUCUGAAGCGGCAGAUUGGUGGUGGUGUUGGGGUGGUGGUGGUGGGGGGGGGUCGUUGGCCCAGAAGCAAAAGAAAUGAACUUUGGGAUGAUUCAGUGCUUAGGGUGUGCGUAAGAGGCAAAGGGAACCCAGCCAGCCUUCGCUGAGUUACUGGCUAAUUAAAGUAUCCGGCUGCUGCCGAUUUCACUGAGAUGAGCCCCCUGGUCCCUUUCACAUCCCACUGCUUUGUGGGUCCCUUCUUCUCCCGACUCUAUCCUCCCUUUCCCUUAUGAACAGAACUGUAGUCCUGUUCAAAGUAGCGGCCCCUUAAGUAUUUCUGGAACCCUCUUGAGGAGGAGGUAAGAAAGAUCUUUGUAGCAGACCCACGAGCCACACUGAGAUAAUUGUAUUAAAUCCAGGGUCACGUUGUCACACCCUCCUGUUUUACCCUUGCACACUUGUGACUGGUCUUUUUUUCUUUGUGGUGGGCACACAGGUGGAAAAAUAGGAAAGAGAAAAACCCUUUUGCUUCUAAAGUAGCCUCUCACUGACUGUCUUGAUGAGUAAACAGAUACAAGGGAUUGAGGAGCCUGGAGACCGGCGAAGAGAGGCUGAUGGGCUCCGGUGGGAGGACCCAGUACCUCACCAUGACCACCGAAAAUCCGGCGGCGGGAGAGCUGGCUCCAGCCCCCCUUGUCACUUGCAAGCUGUGCCUCUGCGAACUGUCCUUGGACAAGAUGACCACACUCCGGGAAUGCCGCUGCCUCUUCUGCACAGCGUGCUUGAAACAGUACCUGCAGCUGGCAAUCCGAGAAGGCUGUGGGUCUCCCAUUGCUUGCCCUGACACGGUGUGCCUGAACCACGGGACCCUGCAGGAGACGGAGAUUGCCUCCCUGGUGCCCGUGGAUCAGUUUCAGCUCUACCAGCGGUUAAAAUUUGAACGAGAAGUUCACCUGGACCCCCACCGAACGUGGUGUCCUGUCGCAGACUGUCAGACCGUGUGCCCUGUUGCCUCCACUGACCCAGGACAGCCCGUGCAGGUGGAAUGCCCUUCUUGUCACCUGAAGUUCUGCUCCUGUUGCAAGGAUGCUUGGCACGCAGAGGUCUCCUGUAGAGAUAGUCAGCCCAUCGUCCUGCCAACAGAGCACAGGGCCCUCUUUGGGACAGACGCAGAAGCCCCCAUCAAGCAGUGCCCCGUCUGUCGGGUUUACAUCGAACGCAACGAGGGCUGUGCCCAGAUGAUGUGCAAGAAUUGCAAACACACGUUUUGCUGGUACUGUCUCCAGAACCUGGACAAUGACAUUUUCCUCAGACAUUACGACAAAGGGCCAUGCAGGAACAAGCUGGGCCACUCAAGAGCCUCAGUGAUGUGGAACCGAACGCAGGUGGUGGGGAUCCUGGUGGGACUGGGCAUCAUCGCCCUGGUGACUUCACCCUUGCUGCUCCUGGCUUCCCCGUGUAUAAUCUGCUGCGUCUGCAAGUCCUGUCGGGGCAAGAAGAAAAAGCACGACCCCUCCACGACCUAAAGGUCUCCGCUUCUGUGCACGUGCCAUGGAUGUCUGGGGUUAUCAUGAGAAGCACGGAGAUAAAGCCCCACUUAGUGAACCUGCCCCCUCCUUGCCAAACUUUGGAAGUGCCUCUGUGUCCAGACUUUGAACUUGGCCUGCCUGUCUUUGGCAUCAGAAAAGGCAUUAGAAAAGCCUGUCUGAAGAGAAGGACCCGGGUUCUGCAGUCUCGGCCGGCGUCUCUGGAGCAUGUGGGGAAACUUUGGGGCUGCUGAGAAGGAGCUAACCCACCGUCACUUUAUCUUCCGCAGGAUCCCACUGGACUGUUCAACUUCCUGCCAAAUUCGAAGAGCCCGAGUGAAUGCUCAGUAUCAUCAGUGUGUUGUCACGGUUGGCAACACACAUUGUAACUCAACAGCUAGAAUCUGUUCUAUGUUGAUUUGACCCCCAUGAGAAAUAUGGGAGAAACCCGGCCCCCCGUAGGAGGGAAAGGAUAACACUGUUUAAGGGGAAGUUGUCGUAAGCGCGAAGCAGCAGGAGUGGGUCUGUUGGUUCUGCCUCUGUGGGCUCCCGGGGGUGCUGUUCCCGGCAUUCCCACAGUGACUUGGCAGAAACACAAUAGGUUUCUUCCCGUGUGAUCGCCGCUUCAAGCAGGAGAAACUGCUAUGCAGAGGGAGUUGUCCCUUCCAAGCGAAGGGGUUACGGCUACUGAAACAGUGUGGUCUGAUCCAGUAGCUCUCCCUUGGCCAGUGCACCUUGGUAAAAGUGAUCAACUGUCCUCCUGUAGCCAGUAGCUGUGGUCUCCAGGAUUGGUUUAUAGGCAACAUGGGUCAAGUGGCUGAGGGUCAAGGGUACCCUUCAUCACAGGUAACAGAGACCUUUCCUGAGCUCUGUGUUCAUGCAUCCCACACAGAGUUGGCCCUAAAAGUACACACCAGGAUUUCAUAUCCAAGUCCAUGUGUACAUCAGUCCGCUAAGCUGCUGCCUACCUAGAAUUUCCAUCUGUUGGGCAUGCGUGAAUCUAUCCAGUGGUACACAGAAUAUAAAUGUUUCCUCAAAGCUAUUCUGUCUUUCCUUCUGGGACAAAUGUGAUUUAUUAUAAGUCAACCUGAAGGGUUUGUUCUUUUGCAUAUUAUAUAUGUAAAUUUUGGUUGCAAGUUCGUAACUCACCCAAUGGUCUAGACUCAUAAACCUAACUCUUUUAAAAUAACGCCUAGUUCAAAGUCAUGCCAUCUCAGUUUUGUAAAAACACGCAUAAUCUGGUUACUUACAUCUCUUCAGACACAGCUCAGAGCUGCUCUCUUCUCCGCAGUUUCUUAUCGCUCAUCCAGCAUCUGGUAGGGCAAUCCAGACACUUCCUGUGUGUACAAGAAAUGGAAAAAAAAUAACAAAAAAAAAUGCAAGAAAUAAAUGUAAAUGCUUUCUGUAUCAUAAAUGCUUUGGGUUGGUAUCGCCUUAUGGCAACUUCUUUUUCCGUUAUCAGAUUUUUGAAUACACGGGUUUUGAAAAGAUAACCUUUUCUCCAUUGACAGGAUUACCUAAUUGCCCUUAGCAACGUAGCCUGGUGCUUCAUGGGAAUUUGUAAGAUGCUCGUAGAGAGCUCUCCUUGAAGCUGGCGACACCGCCACCAGGGACUGACUGUCAGAACCCAUUGUACUCCCCCAAGGUAACUGGGUAACUGGUUAUUAAAUUGCUGCUAUCUUGGACCUAUUAUUAAAGACAAUGCUUUGCUGAUGUAAUGGAAUGUAUCCUGAGUGGGGGUGGGUAUAUUUAAGGAACUUGAGUUCACACGUACAUAUCGAUACCUGAUUUAUGUGCAGUACAUCUCGGUCCUGUACAUUUUUAUUUACCAUUUGUAUAAAACAUAGAUGAGAACUCUGGGAAAACUUUUGAAUGGCAAUCAACCAAAAACAUUUUUAAUCAUUUUUUGGAAAUGUCUCAAUAUUAGGUGUCUUUAUUUUCCUUUGAAACUCUGAACGCUUCAGAACAAGAGUACCCUCUUCUAUCGAUGUAUUUCAUAUUAGUAGAAAGACAAGUGUACAUGUAUUUGAAUAAUUUGCUUUGUCUUAACACUGCCUCAUUAUAGCAAAGGGCAUUUAUAACUGCUCAGGGGAUCACAGGAACUCAAUGAAAUUGCAUUUUUAUAUCAAGUAUGUCUGUCGUGGCAAUGUCCUCCAGCACGAGUGAACUCUCUAAGCUUGAGUCCACAAAGAAUCUUUAAACAGGGGCUGAUUUCGAAUAACCUAACAUCCUAUGUUACCAGAGGCAGCGCUCCCAAAUUUGGAGUAAAAGGUAGGAGAAAACAUCCAUACUGUUUCCUUGGCCAAACUGAAGGAAUUUGUCUUCUCACAGAGAUGCUGUAACAAAAUCAGCUACUUUCUCAUAGGGCACAGGGAGUGGGGGUUGUUGGUGAAACAGAUUUUUAACAACCGUAGGUUGCCUCUUUGUUUUUUUGACUGUUUCCUUUGCUGUGCAGAAGCUUUCGAUUUUGAUGAAGUCCCAGCCGGAUUUAAGUUUUUAAAUGUCGACAAGUGCCCAGUAGAUUGUGACUUCUUCCUUAUGUGGCUACGGGAAUUGGCCUGUAUAAGACCGUCAGAAUCCACAAGGAUGGGCUGGCUGGUGGGUUAGACCAAGAUAGAUCUCUGGGCCUCAAAGGGCAAGGUGUUAGCCGAGCUGGAAACUUUGUCUAUAAAGGAGAGAACUGACAACGUUGAUAACAGAGAUAGAUGCUCUCAUUUGGGAUAAUUGGCCAAUGAGAGAGUUUAACCUGCCUCCUUCCUCUGUCAGUCCUAUAUUCUCCUAGUGAUCCUCUUUCCAUACUAGGAAGAAAUACGAGCCUGCAUGAUCAUGUUUGAAUGUCGUGGCAAAGAAAAAUUCUGUCUGGAGUAGUAUAGUCUAUUUGAAAUAGAAAUCAAAACUCCUUCACCAAAUUCUAAUCUGGAGGUAAUAAACCCCCCAUCCAGAAACACUAACAGAUAUAAAGGCACAACAUCUAGCUGCUGCUCCUUCUGGGAAUUUUUCUCUGGUUACUAGUAGAGAGAUGAGGGGGAAAGGCAUAUGGAAGCAAAUUUUAGAGUCGUAGGCAUUCUGUUUGUUCACGUAAUGGGUGUUUGCUCUGGUGUUGAAAUCUCUAUUUCGAUAAAGAGGCCUUUGAAGAACAAAUAAUUCACAGUGUGAAUUUUCCUGUAGCCUGCAUCAUGAAAAUUUUACCUAUCUAGAUUUGAAAAUCUACAUGUUUAUUUGAAUGUAAAUCACUAUUGCUUGGAACCCCAAAUUGUCUCUUAAAGACUAUUCAGACUCUAUGUAUUAUUUUACCCUUCUGUACACAGUGCUUGACUUUCUGUUCAUGAAUGGAUGCCUUUAUGUAUAUAGAACCAUGUAUAUAUAUAUGUGUGUGUAGCUCUGAAGACAAUUUCAUAACGCUGUAGAUGAGCGACCUUUUAUAAAGCUGUCCAGUCGAGACCUGUAGGCUGUUACAUCUCAUGUCGAUUCAUGAUCCAGAAAGUUUUGUUAUGUAUUUAAGAAAUUGCUGUUGUAUUAUAUUUUUCUGAAUUAUUUGAGAGGAAAAUAGCUGUUUGAGUCUCUGUAGCCCCAAUAAAUGCAGAGCAGGAAA